AUGUCACGCUCCACUAGGCCUCUCCAGGAGCAUCCUGAAGUCCUCCCUGUCACCAAAUCAAUUCUCGAGGAAAUCGGCGAUAGACCUACUUCCGAUGACAAUCUGGAUUUGCUUCAACGCCAACUCAAACAGAGCCUUGUUAACAAGAAAUUUCUGCUUGUUCUCGAUGACGUCUGGGAUGUGGAGUCCUUUGAUUGGGAAAGUUGGGAUAGACUACGAACUCCGCUCCUGGGUGCAGCAGAGGGAAGCAAGAUUGUUGUGACCAGUCGUGAUGAAUCUGUUGCAAAAACUAUGCGUGCAGUCCGCACUCAUCCUCUGGAAGAAUUAAGCCCUCAACAUUGUUGGAGCCUAUUUGAAAAGAUUGCAUUUCAAGAUAGAGACUCUAACGCAUGCCUUGAGCUUGAACCCAUAGGUAGACAGAUUGUGGAUAAGUGCCAAGGAUUGCCUUUGGCUGUUAAAUCACUCGGGCAUCUGCUGUACUCGAAGGACCACGAAUUCAACAAAGGGGAGCUGGUUUUAUUAUGGAUGGCAGAAGGUCUUUUACAUCCACAACAAGACGAUGGAAGAAGAAUGGAAGAGAUAGAACUUAUUGAAUUGCCUUCAAGGAUGGGGAAAUUGAUUAAUUUGCGUUAUCUUGAUAUUUCUGAGUGUUAUUCAUUAAAAGAAAUGUCAAGUCAUGGCAUUAGUCGAUUAAAAUGUUUACAAAAAUUGCCUUAUUUUAUUGUGGGCCAAAAGAGUGGAUUAAGAAUUGGAGAAUUGAGGGAUCUUUUAGAGAUUCGAGAAACACUUUAUAUUUCAAACGUGAAGAAUGUGGUGAGUGUUAACGAUGCAUUACAAGCUAAUAUGAAGGAUAAGAGUUAUCUUGAUGAGUUAAUCUUGAAUUGGGAAACGGAAGGGGCUAUAGAUGGUGGUAUUACACAAUAUGUUGCUACAACUGAUGAUAUACUCAACCAGUUACAACCUCAUCCAAAUUUAAAACAACUCUCCAUCAAAAACUAUCCUGGUGUAAGAUUUCCAAAUUGGCUUGGAGAUCCUUCAAUCUUGAAACUCGUGUCCCUUGAGCUUCGGGGUUGUGGCAAUUGCUCAACAUGGCCACCACUUGAGCAGCUAACCCAUCUUAAAUAUCUACAAAUCUCAGGAAUGAAUGCAGUAGAGUGUGUGGGUGGUGAGUUUUAUGGGAAUGCUUCCUUUCAAUCCCUAGAAACACUAUCAUUUGGGGACAUGCCGAACUGGGAGAAAUGGUUAUGUUGUGGAGAAUUCCCUCAUCUCCGGGAGCUUUCUAUACGACACUAUCCCAAACUCACUGGAAAAUUACCAGAACGACUUCUUUCACUGGUGAAACUUCAAAUUCAUGAAUGUCCGCAACUGCUUAUGGCUUCGCUCACAGUUCCUGCUAUUCGUGAAUUGAGGAUGGUGGAUUUUGGUGAAUUGCAGUUGCAAAUGCCAGCUUGUGACUUCACAGCUCUUCAAACUUCAGAAAUUGAAAUUUUAGACGUGUCUCAGUGGAAGCAACUUCCAAUGGCACCACACCAGCUCUCAAUCAGAAAAUGUGAUCAUGUGGAAUCUCUAUUAGAGGAGGAAAUCUUGCAAACCAACAUACAUGAUUUGGAAAUCUAUGAUUGUAGUUUUUCCAGAUCCCUGCACAAGGUUGGUUUACCCACUACAUUGAAAUUACUAUCAAUCUCUGAGUGUUUGGAAUUAGAGUUUCUCCUACCUGAGUUGUUCAGAUGCCAUCUUCCAGUCCUUGAAAGCCUAAGCAUCAAUGGUGGUGUUAUCGAUGAUUCUCUCUCGUUAUCCUUCUCAUUAAGCAUCUUCCCCAAGUUGACUUAUUUCACAAUCCAUGGUCUUAAGGGGCUUGAGAAGCUCUCCAUUUUUAUUUCAAAUGGAGAUCCCACAUCUUUAUGUUUCUUGCAUCUACUGAAUUGCCCUAAUCUUGAAUCUAUCGAAUUGCUUGCACUUAACUUGAAGUGUUGUUGGAUCUCGAGUUCCUCCAAGCUCAGGUCGUUGGCGCACACGCACUCAUCUAUACAGGAGCUGCAUUUAUGGGAUUGUCCAGAAUUGUUGUUUCAGAGAGAGGGUUUGCCUUCCAACCUAUGUGAACUUCAAUUUCGAAGGUGUAACAAAGUCACGCCUCAGGUGGACUGGGGUUUGCAAAGGUUGACCUCUCUUACACGUUUAAGAAUGGAAGGUGGAUGUGAAGGCAUUGAAUUAUUUCCCAAGGAGUGUCUGCUGCCCUCUUCUCUAACUUCUCUUGAAAUUGUAGAGCUUCCCAAUCUCAAGUCUCUCGACAGCGGGGGACUUCAACAACUCACCUCUCUUCUAAAAUUAGAGAUCAUAAACUGCCCAGAGCUCCAGUUCUCGACAGGAUCAGUUCUUCAACACCUUAUCUCUCUCACAGAAUUACAAAUUGAUGGAUGCCCAAACCUCCAAUCCUUGACAGAAGUGGGUCUUCAACAUCUCACCUCUCUUGAAACAUUGCAUAUCGACAAUUGCCCUAAGCUCCAAUACUUGACAAAACAGAGACUGCAAGACUCCUCGGGUCUUCAACACCUCAUCUCUCUCAAACAUAUCGAAAUCAAGGACUGCCCAAUGCUCCAAUCAUUGACAAAAUAG